AUGGGCGCGCCACAGGUCCUCUCCGUCCCCCAGAACGCCCGGGCCGACCCCGUGCGGUCCCCCAAGGUCCAGCGGCCUGCGGGCCUCGUCGACGUCGACGUCGCCGACCUGGAGCUGUACACCAGCAACCGCCAGCUGCGGGCCUGGCUCAAGCAGAUGAUUGCCUUGUGCGAGCCGGAGAAGCUGUACUUCUGCGACGGGAGCCAGCGGCAGUGGGACGCCCUGACGGAGUUCAUGUGCCAGUCCGGGACGCUCAUCCGCCUGAACGAGCAGCUCCGGCCAAACUCUUUCCUCGCGCGCUCGGACCCGGCUGACGUGGCGCGCGUCGAGGAGCGCACCUUCAUUUGCUCCAAGGACAAGGCCGACGCCGGCCCGACGAACAACUGGAAGGACCCGGGCGAGAUGAAGCAGAAGCUCACCAAGCUCUUCAAGGGCUGCAUGAAGGGCCGCACGAUGUACGUCAUUCCGUUCUCGAUGGGCCCCGUCGGCUCCCCGAUGGCCCGCUACGGCGUCGAGCUCUCGGACACGCCCUACGUGGCCAUCAACAUGCAGAUCAUGACGCGCAUGGGCGCCCGCGUGCUCGACGCGCUCCCGGCGGACGGCACCUUCGUCCCGUGCCUGCACUCCGUCGGCCGCCCGCUCCAGCCGGGCGAGAAGGACGCCCGCUGGCCGUGCAACCCCGAAAACACCUACAUUGCGCACUUCCCGGAGGAGAACAGCGUGUGGUCGUUCGGGUCGGGGUACGGCGGCAACGCGCUGCUGGCGAAGAAGUGCUUCGCGCUGCGGCUCGCGAGCGUGAUCGGCCGCCGCCAGGGCUGGCUGGCGUGCCACAUGCUGAUCACCAAGGCGACGCCCCCGGGGGAGGACUCCGAGCCGGUGUACCUGGCCGCGGCGUUCCCGUCGCAGUGCGGGAAGACGAACCUCGCGAUGCUGAACUCGGCGAUCCCCGGGUGGAAGUUCGAGACGCUCGGCGACGACAUCGCGUGGAUGCGGUUUGGCGAGGACGGGCGGCUGUACGCCAUCAACCCGGAGAACGGGUUCUUCGGCGUGGCGCCGGGCACGGGCGCGAAGACGAACCCGAACGCGCUCGCGACGUGCGCGCGCGACACGAUCUUCACGAACGUCGCGCUCACUGAGGACGGCGACGUCUGGUGGGAGGGACUCACCGACACCCCCCCAGACCGCCUGAUCGACUGGAAGGGGGAGGAGUGGACGCCCGACUGCGGGCGCGUGUCGUCGCACCCGAACUCGCGGUUCACGGCCUCCGCCGCGAACUGCCCCGUGCUCGAGCAGCACGACUUCGAGCUCGGCGGCGGCGUCCCGAUCUCCGCGAUCAUCUUCGGCGGGCGCCGCGAGUCGACCGUCCCGCUGGUCCACGAGGCCGAGACGUGGGCGCACGGCGUCUUCAUGGGCGCGUCCGUGUCGUCCGAGACGACCGCCGCGGCCGCCGGGAAGGUCGGCACGCUGCGCCACGAUCCGUUCGCCAUGCUGCCCUUCUGCGGGCACCACAUGGGCGACCACUUCCAGCACUGGCUCGACCUCGCCGAGGGCCGCGACCCCGCGAAGCUGCCCAAGAUGUUCUACGUCAACUGGUUCCGCAAGUCCGAGCCCGACGCCGCGACGGGCAAGAGGAAGUUCCUGUGGCCCGGCUUCGGCGACAACUCGCGCGUGAUUGCCUGGAUGGUCGACCGCUGCCAGGGCCGCGUGGGCGCGAAGCAGACCGCGAUCGGGCUGAUGCCGCGCGAGGGCGACCUGAACAUGGACGGCCUCAACAUGAGCGCGGAGGACUUCGCCAAGUGCGUGCGCGUGGACGCCAACGAGUACCUCCCCAACCUGGCCGAGCUCCGCCAGUACUUUGCCAAGUACGGCGACAAGCUGCCGGCGGAGCUGAUCGAGCGGAUCGACAUCAUCGAGGCGCGCCUGCGCAGCGAGGGCGAGGCUGCCGACGACAACUAA